CUGACCAAUGAGCUCCCAGAACACUGAACGAGUGGGCGGGACCGAACCGGGCCAAACGCAAACAUGGCGGCUCCCUUAGAUGAUGAUAUUGAGUCUAACAAUCAGGACUUCUAUUCACUGCUCAACGUUAGGAAAGAGGCCACAGCUGAGGAGCUAAAGGCAUCAUAUCGGAGGCUAUGUAUGCUCUACCAUCCAGACAAACACAGAGACCCAGAGCUGAAAAGACAAGCUGAGCAACUUUUCAACCAGGUUCACCAAGCUUAUGAAGUGCUGAGUGAUGCUCAUUCCAGAGCUAUCUAUGACAUCUUUGGGAAGAAAGGGCUGGAGGUGGAAGGCUGGGAGGUGGUGGAGAGGAAGAGGACACCGGCAGAAAUUCGAGAGGAAUAUGAAAGGCUACAGAGAGAGAGAGAGGAGAGGAGACUGCAGCAAAGAACAAACCCUAAGGGCACCAUCAGCGUUGGUGUGGAUGCAACGGACCUGUUUGACCGCUAUGAUGAAGACUUUGAAGAGAUGCCAGGAGGAGGCUUUCCUCAUAUUGAAAUCAACAAGAUGCAUAUUUCUCAGUCUAUAGAGGCUCCUUUGACGAACUCUGACACAGCAGUGCUGUCUGGUUCGCUCUCCACGCAUAAUGGGAAUGGAGGAGGAAACAUUAACAUGACCGUGCGCAGGGUUAUGUCAGCCAAGGGUUGGGGGGAGGUGGAGUUUGGUGCGGGAGACAUACUGGGACCUCUUAUUGGGUUAAAGGUGUUUCGCAAUGUCACACCACGGUGUUUCAUGACGGCCCAGUGCGGUUUACAGUUCUCACCUCGAGGUUUGCGACCGAGUUGUUCUCUGAUGACAGCGCGGCACCUGGAUCAGAACACCAUGGGUUAUCUUCAGUGGCGCUGGGGGCCCAACAGCGCCAUGACUACCAGCCUUGUCCGAGACACCAAGAGCAGCCACUUUACUCUAGCUCUGCAGCUGGGCGUGCCACACUCCUACCUGAUGAUGAGCUACCAGUACAAGUUCCAGGAUGAAGACCAGACCAAAGUUAAAGGAUCUGUGAAGACAGGCUGGUUUGGCACUGUGGUAGAAUAUGGAGCAGAGAGAAAGAUCAGCCGACACAGUAUACUGUCAGCCACUGUCAGCAUUGGGGUCCCGCAGGGAGUUACACUCAAGAUCAAGCUGGCACGUGCAAAUCAAACAUACCUGUUCCCAGUCCAUCUGACUGAUCAACUGCUGCCCAGCGCCGUCUUCUAUGCCACUGUGGGACCUCUGCUGGUCUACAUGGCCGUCCACAGGCUGAUCGUUAUCCCGUACACACAAGCACAGAAAGAACAAGAGCUGGAGCUGCAGAGGAAGAGCUCUGCCACAGACAUCGCCAAGAAGAAGCAGGAGGCAGAGUCUGCUGUUCUGCUGAUGCAGGAGUCUGUGAGGAGAAUCAUAGAAGCAGAAGAAUCCAAGAUGGGCUUGAUCAUCCUGAAUGCUUGGUAUGGGACGUUUGUGUCAGACACCAGCCAGAAGCAGGAGAAAGCCAAAGUCAUCGAUGUGACCGUGCCUCUACAGUGCCUCGUCAAAGACUCCAAACUCAUCCUCACUGAGGCCUCUAAGUCAGGGUUGCCCGGUUUCUACGACCCUUGUGUAGGCGAAGAGAAGAGUCUAAAAUUACUCUACCAGUUCAGGGGUGUCUUGCACCAAGUCAUCUCUGCAGACACAGAGUCGCUACGGAUACCCAAGCAAUCUCACAGAAUUGAGUCCGAGUCCUAGAGGGCAGCGCUGUCGGAGUACGGCGAGGCAAACGGACUGUGUGAACAGAAGAACCCAAGAAUGGAGGGGGUCACAUCGAAAAUAAGCUGGCCUCUCUCCUCUGGCCUUCUUCUGUUGUGACGUUAGCAAAUCCGAUAGUUCCUCCACUCAUGUUUUCCUGUGGGCCAGCAGAAUUCAGUCAGCACUGACAAGGUGUUGCCCUUUGUGUCCCCAACACCUGAGAGAGCUGCUCAAAUACCUGCCUUCUGCAGGGGAGAAGACCCUACAACCCUACAGACCUACAACAUAGAUUUAUAUAUGCACUACACAAGAGGGCCUGACACUCCCUAAGUGAUGAGCUAAAAGUGGGGGCUCUACUUUACCCCAUAUCAUUGUAGUCUUUGUCCUAUAUGUGUAUCACAUUGAUAGUUUUGAUCUAAUAUUGGUAUGGCAUAGUCAUUGCAAUAAUUCAUGUAAAUGUUUCUGGUCGCAGAUCACGUCUCACUAACCCCGAGGCUAGCCACGACUGAGGAAUGACUAAACUCGAGUUUUUUUGUUUUUUUUUAAAUUUCUCAUCAUCCGCUCAAAAAAAAAAAAAAAUCAUCCUAAUUUAUUUAUGAUUUUAGUGCCGCUAUCUGCUGCUCACUGCGGUGCCGGUCGGCAGGUGCUAACUGGUGCUCUGAACUUGUAUCUGUGAAGGCUGAGAUGUGGAAGAAAGGGGAGGGCUUGCUCGGGGAGGGAACGCGGCAGUUGCCCUUUAAUGGUAGAGUUCCAACUGAAGAGAGGGAGAGAAGCUCAAAUUCCACAUAUUGAUUUUUAAUAUCUAUUCUAGACUGCAAUUUAAAGGCAGAAAUUCAGCUUGGAUUUGAUUUGCGUCAGUGUUUAUUGAUUGACUGUGUAGCUGCAGCCAAAACAGAAUUUUCUAUAAGGACUUUAAAUACAGUGAAGGUUAUAGUUUGUACUUCUCUGAUGUAUAUCUGGAACAAAUCCAGUGGUAGCAGUAAAAUACUGGCAUGGAUUUGAAACAUUUGGAUUAUUUUGUAAUUGGUUGGAUGCAAAUUGGAGAAGAUCAGCACUUUUGCCACAUGUAGCUCAUUUGCUGCUGAUGUAAUUUAUUGAGCUUAACACGUUGGCUAUGAAAUCAAGCCCAGCUGCAGUCACAGAUCAGAUGAUUCCCCCUUUACACUCCACAAUUGCCAUAUCUGUAAUAGGGCUGUGCAUAUGCAAGCCACUUUACAAUCCACCUCUACCUUUCAUGGUUUGUAUUGAUCUGAAUUGAUCAUUCUUAUACACUAUAUUGCCAAAAGUAUUUGCUUGUCUGGCUUCACACACUUUUGAACAACCCGUUUUUAAUCCACAGAAUUUAAUAUGAUGUCGGUCCACCCUUUGCAGCUAUAACCGCUUCAACUCUUCUGGGAAGGCUUUCCACAA